UUUAAUUAAUUGUUCAUAGCUUAAGCAAUCUUCAACGGAGUCGUCUAUUAUGGAUCUAGCUACUUUGUAAUUCGAAAGAAGUCCCAGUCAAAGCCGCCAUUUCAGAGUAGAGCAGAUGCUUUGUUACCAUACACAGAUCCGAAAUAUUGCUGCAUAGCCAAGGUUAUCAUAAGAACGACUUAAGUAUCAAACGGCGAAAUUACAGAGGCAAAAGCCCGAAAGAGCUAGAUAGUUGUAAGGUAUCGUCGGUAGGUUCAGCAGAUAAUAUAAAGUUAUAGCUGUGCCAGUGACCUUGCAAUCUUAUUUUGGUGUGAUGUCUGAUUAGCCCGCUGGCUAGUUCCUAGAACGGUUUGCAAGCCAGGGUUCGGCCUGUGACUGGACGGACCGUAGUAAUAACUAGCUAGCCAACUUGCGAUAACGGAACAGCAAAUAUCUACAUUUUAAGUGCUUAGCCAAGCUUCAAAACUGACGACCGCUUUGCGGAAUUCUGAAACUGAGGAGGAGAUGGCGAGCUCCGUUGGAAACGUGGCUGACAGCACAGAACCGACCAAACGUUUGCUUUCCUUCCAAGGGUUGGCAGAGCUGGCCCACCGGGAGUACCAGUCUGGAGACUUUGAGGCCGCAGAGCGGCACUGUAUGCAGCUAUGGAGGCAGGAGCCCGACAACACCGGGGUGCUGCUGCUGCUCUCCUCCAUACACUUCCAGUGUCGACGGCUCGACAGGUCCGCCCACUUCAGCACCCUGGCCAUCAAGCAGAACCCCAUGCUGGCGGAGGCCUACUCCAACCUGGGGAACGUCUACAAGGAGCGCGGCCAGCUGCAGGAGGCCAUCGAGCACUACCGCCACGCGCUGCGCCUGAAGCCCGACUUCAUCGACGGAUACAUCAACCUGGCCGCCGCCCUGGUCGCCGCCGGCGACAUGGAGGGAGCCGUGCAGGCCUACGUCUCCGCUCUGCAGUACAACCCUGAUCUCUAUUGUGUGCGCAGCGACCUUGGAAACUUGCUCAAAGCCCUCGGGCGUCUGGAAGAGGCCAAGGCCUGUUACCUGAAAGCUAUCGAGACUCAGCCUAACUUUGCAGUGGCAUGGAGCAAUUUGGGAUGUGUGUUCAAUGCCCAAGGGGAGAUCUGGCUGGCCAUACAUCACUUUGAAAAGGCUGUGACAUUGGACCCCAACUUCCUGGAUGCCUAUAUCAAUUUAGGAAAUGUUCUGAAAGAGGCUCGUAUUUUUGACAGAGCUGUCGCCGGGUACCUCCGGGCCCUCAGCCUGAGCCCCAACCACGCUGUCGUCCACGGCAACCUGGCCUGCGUCUACUAUGAGCAGGGCCUGAUCGACCUGGCGAUCGACACAUACCGCCGCGCCAUCGAGCUGCAGCCCCACUUCCCCGACGCCUACUGCAACCUGGCCAACGCCCUGAAGGAGAAGGGCAAUGUAAGGACGUACACGGUGUCCGAGGCGGAGGAAUGCUACAACACGGCCCUCCGGCUGUGCCCCACCCACGCCGACUCCCUCAACAACCUGGCUAACAUCAAGAGGGAGCAGGGCAACAUCGAGGAGGCUGUGUCGCUCUACAGGAAGGCUCUAGAGGUGUUCCCGGAAUUUGCAGCAGCUCACUCCAAUUUGGCCAGCGUGCUGCAACAGCAAGGCAAGCUUCAGGAGGCCCUCAUGCAUUACAAGGAGGCCAUCAGGAUCAGCCCCACCUUUGCUGAUGCCUACUCCAACAUGGGCAACACGCUGAAGGAGAUGCAGGAUGUGCAGGGCGCGCUGCAGUGCUACACCCGUGCCAUCCAGAUCAACCCCGCCUUCGCCGACGCCCACAGCAACCUGGCCUCCAUACACAAGGACUCUGGAAACAUCCCAGAAGCCAUUGCCUCUUACCGCACCGCCCUGAAACUCAAGCCUGACUUUCCCGAUGCCUACUGCAACCUGGCACACUGCCUGCAGAUUGUGUGUGACUGGACUGACUAUGAUGAGCGCAUGAAGAAGCUGGUGAGCAUCGUGGCCGACCAGCUAGACAAGAACCGCCUGCCAUCUGUGCACCCCCACCACAGCAUGCUGUACCCCCUUUCCCACGGCUUCCGCAAGGCCAUCGCAGAGAGGCACGGCAACCUGUGUCUGGACAAGAUCAACGCGCUCCACAAGCCAGCUUACGAGCACCCCAAGGAUCUGAAGGCGAGUGCAGGGCGCCUGCGUGUGGGCUACGUCAGCUCAGAUUUUGGGAACCACCCCACGUCCCACCUCAUGCAGUCCAUCCCUGGCAUGCACAACUCAGAGAAGUUUGAGGUGUUCUGUUAUGCCCUCAGCCCGGAUGACAGCACCAACUUCCGCGUGAAGGUGAUGGCGGAGGCCCACCACUUCACAGAUCUGUCUCAGAUCCCUUGCAAUGGGAAAGCUGCUGACCGAAUCCACCAGGAUGGAGUCCACAUCCUGGUCAACAUGAAUGGCUACACCAAGGGAGCGCGCAAUGAGCUGUUUGCCCUGAGACCCGCACCGAUACAGGCCAUGUGGCUGGGCUACCCAGGCACCAGCGGAGCUCCCUUCAUGGAUUACAUCCUCUCUGACAAGGAGACGUCGCCACUGGAGGUGGCGGAGCAGUACUCCGAGAAGCUUGCCUACAUGCCCCACACCUUCUUUAUCGGGGACCAUGCCAACAUGUUCCCACACCUAAAGAAAAAGGCAGUGAUUGAUUUCAAAUCAAAUGGACACAUUUUUGACAAUCGCAUCGUGCUGAACGGCAUUGAUCUGAAGGCCUUCCUAGACAGCCUGCCAGACGUCAAGGUAGUGAAGAUGAAGUGCGACGGCCAGGAGGCCGGAGACAACAACGGCGCCCUCUCCAUGCCAGUAAUCCCCAUGAACACGGCCGCCGAGGCCAUCAUCAACAUGAUCAACCAGGGCCAGAUCCAGGUCACCAUCAAUGGCUUCACCGUCAGCAACGGGCUGGCUACAACCCAGAUAUUUACUUUGGAGGAGGUUGUAGUAUCUGGGACUAUAUCCUUGGAGAUCAACAACAAGGCUGCUACCGGAGAGGAGGUCCCACGCACUGUCGUCGUGACGACCCGCUCCCAAUACGGCCUCCCAGAGGACUCCAUUGUCUACUGCAAUUUCAACCAGCUCUACAAAAUCGACCCACCCACUCUGCAGAUGUGGGCUAAUAUUUUGAAGCGCGUGCCCAACAGUGUGCUGUGGCUCCUGCGCUUCCCGGCCGUCGGCGAGCCCAACAUCCAGCAGUACGCCCAGAACAUGGGCCUGCCUACCUCCCGCAUCAUCUUCUCCCCCGUGGCGCCCAAGGAGGAGCACGUGCGGCGGGGCCAGCUGGCCGACGUCUGCCUGGACACGCCGCUCUGCAACGGCCACACCACUGGCAUGGACGUGCUGUGGGCCGGCACGCCCAUGGUCACCAUGCCUGGUGAAACACUGGCCUCACGAGUGGCUGCCUCCCAGCUGACCUGUCUGGGCGGUCCUGAGCUCAUUGCACACAGUCGGCAAGAGUACGAGGAUGUGGCUGUUAAGCUCGGCACCGACAUGGAAUACCUGAAGAUGAUCCGUGCCCGCGUGUGGAAGCAGCGCAUCUGCAGCCCGCUGUUCAACACCAAGCAGUACACCAUGGAGCUGGAGAAGCUCUACCUGCAAAUGUGGGAGCGCUACGCUGUUGGGGGCAAGCCAGACCACCUUGUCAACCUCCCGACCCUGGAGGCCAGCGAAAGCGCCUGAAUCCUUACCUCUGACCUCUCGGCCCUGCCCCAGUCCAGCUUUCCCCUCAUCUCAGAGACUCUGCUAUUGGAGCCUGCACGUUUUUACUCGUCCCCUUCCCUAGUCUCUAGCAAACACCCCUUCGAGCCAGAGGAGAGCCCUAGCUGUUCAGCUCUCCCACUGAGACUCUGCUGACGCACGCACACAUGCACACACACACACCCACUGUCUCUCUCUCUCGCUCACACACACAGUGGGGCUGGCUUUGUUAAUAAGCGCUUCCUACACAAUACCCCCAAAAAAAAGCACCAGUGGCUUUUUUUUUUUCUUUCUUUUUUAGUUAACCAGUAUGUGUGGUGGAUUGAGAAGUCAAAUUUGAACCCUGCACCAAAUUGUGAGCUUUGUUUCCUGAUUGUGUCUCUUGAUUACUGCAAAAAAUAUAUAUUAAAGGGGUAUCGAAAAUGUUGCGUUUUUUUCCUGCCGAAAAGAGAACUUUUAGGAAUUUUAUUGAAUAUAAAGUGUAAAUGUCAAUUAAAUCAAUCUAAAUGUCUUUGGCCUCUUCCAUGUUAGACCAUGCCACUGAACACCAAACUAUCAGGAUGCGUAGAGAUGCAGAAGAGUUAUUCAGAGGGCCCAGGUUCACUUCAUUCAUGACCUAUGUAAAGGCAAAACUUUUAUCAGGAAAGGCCCGGGUAAGUAUUUUCACAGCCUUUUAUUUUGUAAAUGUGAUUGCUUUCCAGUAAGUUUUUCCUGAACAUGUAAUAUGCUGUUGUUGGCAUAAUUUUGAAGGCUCUAAUUUACCCUGUUGGGGAACCUUGUUCUAUCUUCCAUAACUGGUCUGUUCCUAGCAGAAAAGAGCAAAUGUUUAAUUGCCUUGAGUAAAAAUAAAAGAUUACUUUUUUUUUUUUUUUUCUCAGCACGAAUGGGUUCUCAGAAAACAGCCAAUUUUAUAAUACAUUUCCAGAUUGUCACCUCUGUUGUGGAAAAACUGUCUUGCACGUUCUCUCAACUGCGUGUUCAUCAGCAGGGUCGUCAUUGACAUUUUCUUUUAAGUGGACUGAAAGAGUUAAGAAAUUGAGGCCAUGUUUUGCUUGCUUUGUUUCCCAGUGUCAUAUAAAAUGUUCCGGGUUGUGAAUGCCAAUUUAGAAAAUUUACUCACUGGAGCUCGGCUGUACUUGAGCCCCACUCACUGAUGCAGCAAGACGUCUACGUGUCAUCGUCCAGGUGUUUGACUAUUCUUGCCUCCAGUAGCUCUUGCUUGGUGUUGGAUGUCUUCAGUAAUGUGGCCACACUAUUGGUCACUCGUUCCAAGUGAUUCUGUAAAUAAACUGGUUUGCUCAGUA